AUUCUCUCUAUUAUAAAAGUCAGACAAGCUUUUACUUUCAUGUCGUUAACUGAUUGCUUUGCUGGUCACAUUAUUGCAAAAAUCCUUACCAAAUACCAACAACUACCCACCGCUCGGUCUGAAGCUUUUGAGCUUUCAACCUUUCCAACAAUGGCAGCGAUAAUUGGUGAGUCUCCAAAGCUUGCUCUGUAUUCAUACUGGCAAAGCUCAUGUUCAUGGCGAGUUCGCUUCGCUUUAAACCUCAAAGGGAUUUCGUAUGAGUACAAAGCUGUUAAUCUUUCAAAAGGAGAGCAGUUUACACCAGAGUUUGAGAAAUUGAACCCUCUGCAUUUUGUUCCUGUUCUUGUUGAUGGUGAUGUUGUCGUGUCUGAUUCAUAUGCAAUCUUGUUGUAUUUGGAAGAAAAAUACCCUCAAAGAGCUCUCUUACCAGCUGAUCCCCAGCUUAAAGCUCUGAAUCUUCAGGUUGCCAGCAUAGUCACCUCCAGCAUACAGCCUCUUCAUAUGCUGUCAACCUUGAAAUAUCUUGAGCAAAAUGUUGGUCCACAAGAAUCACUUUUGUUUGCUCAAACUAAUGUGGAAAAAGGUUUCAAUGCUCUCGAGAAGUUGCUGAAAGACAUCAACGGCAAAUAUGCAACCGGAGACGAAGUAUACAUGGCUGAUGUAUUUAUGGCACCUCAGAUAGCUGCGGCGAUGCAACGGUUUAAAAUCGACAUGUCCAAGUACCCUAGAUUGUGUCGGAUAUUCGAGUCGUUGAAGGCGUUACUGGAAUUCUUAGAUGCCUCGCCUGAAAGACAACCUGAUGCUGUACCUUAACUUGAGUGAGAAGUAACCAACAAUAAGAGCUUGUUGCCUGUCCUGUAUUUGUAUUAAUUUGUUUGGAGAUUUUAGUGGUUAUUAUGUUGUUUGGUUUUAAAUCCUGUUUUGUUGUUUUUAUUUGAGUGAUCAGAAACUCGUAAUAUGUAUUAUUUCGUGGCAUUGUUGUUGUUGUAACAAUGUUAAAUCGAAUGUCAAGCUUACCAUUAGGCUUGGACUAGUAUGUUUUGUUCGGCUUU